CACUAUUAUUCUUCUUCGUGGGUAUCCAGUAGCUUAGCUGUUAUUUUUUAUUUACGUCUACAGGGUUUCCUGAAAUUUGAAAGUGAUGUUUAUGUCUCAUCAUUUGAAAUUUGUCCAAGUUAUUUAGCAAGUCUGCUUGAUAAAGAUAAAACACCAGCGGAGUUUAGUGUCUGAUAAGCCGGACGUUACCCAGAAGUCCUGCUGCCACAUAGGGGCAAGUAAAAGGAUUUUAAAAAAGCCAAGGAUCUUGCAGACAAGGAGCAGGAGUGGAAAAACACCUUACAAAGGAAUGAAUAUUUCAGUUAUUCCCUUCUAAAACUACAUUUAAUAAGUGUUCGACAUGUUAUCAGAAGAGGAGGCAUCCCAGUCAUCCACUUCCUCUUUGUCUCUUGUGUCUUCACCCUCCUCUCCUGCUUUGCACUUUAUUGGAAAGAAGGAGGACAUUGUCAGGGCUGGACGUGUGACCAAAUUGGUGAAUGGAUGCAGAGAUGUUCUGGUCUUGUAUCACCAGGGGCAGCUUUAUGCAAUGGACAGGCAUUGCUACCAUUCAGGUGGUGAAUUACAGAAUGGCGACAUAGAGGAGUUUAAUGGACGCCUGUGCAUUGUGUGUCCUUGGCACAAAUACAAGAUCACGCUAGCAGAAGGAGAAGGACUUUAUCAAGCUGUAGAGAAUCCUACAGUCAAACCGAUAAGGACUUACUGGUGCUCCAAAGGUGUCAAGCAGAGGGUUCAUAAAGUCACUGAAGUUGGUGGGAACAUAUUCGUAACACUGAAUGACUCCAGCAAGCCCAUCGAGUCAGAUGUUUACCAAGUGGAGAAAUACAGGACUGUCUCACUUAAUGUCCAAACUCCAAACCCAAGGAAUUAAGAUGUUGAUGAAUACAGUGACUACUGAAUAAUAAAGCAAAAAUACCUUAGUAAAAACUUUGUUUUAAAAAAUAAACAAUAUUUUCAUCUAUAAGAAUGAAGAACACAAAAGGUCUUUCUGUGAGACAGAAAGAAAGUAGUUAAAAAACAUUAAUGAUAAUUUAUUUAAGAUGUUAUGCCCUGAAUGACUUUGCAAGGUUGUUAGCUAAUCAUUUUCAGACAUUUCCAUGAAUGCUUAAUGAAAAAUAUCCCAGCAGAUGGAUGAAAACAAAACUUUAUGUGAACAGGGUGCAGCCACCAUUGCUAAAGGUAUUGUACGAAACCCCAUUUGAGCUAACUGUAUCAGAAAUGUAGGGGAUUUCUUUUGUGCUUUUUACAUGAUAUACAAUGGAACUUAUUUGAGUCAGGAACAGCAGCAGCUCAGGAGGUAGAGUGGAUUGUCCAGCAAUCGGAAGGUUGUAGGUUCGAUCCCAGCUCCCACUGGAGAAUGUUGCUGUUGUGUCCUUGGGCAAGACGCCUAACCCGACUUACCUGCUGGUAUCGGUCAGAGGGACCAGUGACACCAGUGCAUGACAGGCCUCACCUCUGUCAGUGUGCCCCAGGGCAGCUGUGGCUACACUGUAGCUCAUCCCCACCAGCAUGUGAAUGACUGCUUGUGUUGUGAAGUGCCUUGAGAGGUUAUAUUCCUUUUUUUAUUCAUUUAUUUUUCAUGUUUGUAUGUAUUGUUAUCUUUUGUCAUUUUAUCUGACUGUAAAGAAGUUGACUUUAACAGAAAAAAGAUGCCAGAAAGCAAGACGGAAAAAAAGACCCCUAUGGCGCUAUAUAGUACAGGCCAUUUAUGAAAUUGAUCGUUUUAAUAAAAUGUUAUACCUAUGCAAAUUGA